AUGCGCGUGACCGCGUUGUUCUCGAAGACCAAAGCCGCGCCCGCGCCCGCGAAGGGCGCGAAAGCGCCGGCGGGGGCCAAGCCAGGGAUUACCCUCCCCUCCAACCCGUUCGCGGCGAAACCGGCGACGAAGGCGACGCCCGCGGCGAAGAAACCGGCGGCGGUGAAGAAGACGGUGGUGAAGACGACGCCGGUGAAGAAACCGACGCCGGCGACGAAGCGGGCGCCGGUGAAGGCGGCGCGACAGCCGGUGGAUCAGAAGGCGGCGAUCGCGAAGUGGUACGGCCCGAACCGUAAGCUCUACCUCCCGGGUGGUUUGCUCACCAAGGCCGAUCUCCCGAGCUACCUCGACGGUACGCUCGCGGGUGACUACGGCUUUGACCCGCUCGGCCUCGGCGCCGACGGCAAGGUCAAGGACUACCGCGUCGCGGAGAUCCUUCACGCCCGUUGGGCGAUGCUCGCGGUGCCGGGCGUCGUCAUUCCGGAAGCGUUGAACAUUCCGGGUGGUGUCUGGACCGAGACCGGUAAGGUCUUCCUCGACGGCGAGACCGGUCGCGACUCUAUUCUCGAGUUCUGGCCGAUCUACGCCGCGAUUCAAGUCGUCCUCAUGGGUGGCGCCGAAAAGUUCCGCCAAGACGGCGUCGGCCCGGCUGGCUUCGUUCCGUUCAAGGGCAAGUUUGAAGAAUCAGCUUUCAACGGUCUCGAUCCGGUCAACCCGGGUGGUCCGCUCGACUUCUUCGACGUCGCCAAGAACCCGCAAGACUUGCAAAUCCUCAAGGUUAAGGAGAUCAAGAACGGCCGUCUCGCGAUGAUCGCGAUGCUCGGCGUGUUCGUGCAAGGCGCCGUCACCGGCGAAGGUCCGGCGGCGAACUGGGGUAAGCACGUCGCCAACCCGUUCGGCUACAACUUUGUCACGAUUACCUCCGGUAUCGACCGCACGCCGGUGCUUUAA